UAGCACCCCAAAGAACAGGAAUAACACAGGCGGCGGCCAUGAAGCACCGUCAUCAAGACCAGACAAAAUAAGAGGUUCUGUGAGGAGAAGAUGGAAGAAAAUAUCACAUAUCCAAAAAUGGACAUCUCACCUGUAGUUCCUAUUCACUCUGACAGCAGGUAAUACUUUAGUAGGUUUGAACGUCACGGCGGGGGCUUUUCUAGCCUGGUCAGGCUAACAAGAAUGCAACAAAUCAGUUCCUUAUAUCAGAUGGAUCACCAGGACCUGCUCCUUUCACAACUAAUGUAUUGACAAAGAUUAACAAACGCACCACUUUAAAAGCUCUUUGGCUGUAAGAACCAAAGUUCCUUGUGCAAAUCUGAAUUUGUUUAUUGCAGACAAAUUAUACAUUAAAGCUGCCAACAUUACUGUGUUCACAAAUGCCUCGAUGGAAAGUUUUUGUGAGACGUCAUUUGCAGUGGUCCAGCCCCAUAUUUCAGGGAUUGGCCCUUUGUCUCCUGACGUUUGCCAUUGUACUACCACUAUUCUGUCAUCGGUUGCUUUAUUCUUACUACUUCAUAAAACCCUUUUAUCUGGACUCCAUGAGUGAUGAAGUUUUGGAAGAGAGUUACAGAAGAGGUCAAGAAGCCCUGCAUUUCUGGAAAGACCCUAUCUCGGAUCAGCCUCCAGGCUUCACGAACAUGGCCGGCCAGAGGAGGCCAGAGCUGCUGGUUACUGUGGUAACUGCACGGAGAACAGAGGGAAAAGACUAUCACUAUCUGCUUCAGGUGAUGCAGCGACUGGUGUCCCUCCUGGCAACAUGUGGAGGACAGGGCUGUGCGGAGUUGCUGGUGUGUGACGUUGAAAGUGGCCUCCAAGAAAAUGAAGAUGCUUCCCUACUGGAAAAAAGGUUCCGUGUAGUAAGAAGCUCGCGGGAAGAAUCAGGGAGAGGAAAAGCUUACAUUAAUACUUUUGAGAAGGAGAAGAGGGACUACGUUUACUGCCUUAAGAAAGGUUGGGAGUUAGUGCAGCCUAAAAAUGUUGUUGUCCUCGAGGAUGAUGCCUUACCCAUGGUUGAUUUCUUUCCUGUGAUCAAUAAUUUGUUGUCUAGGAAGUUUUCCUCAAGGACCCUGUAUGUGAAGUUAUAUCACCCUGAGAGACUGCAAAGAUACUGGAACCCUGAGCCGUACCGCAUUUUGGAGUGGGUGGGCUUGGGACUGCUUGGGGGUACCGCUCUGCUUUGGGCUCACUCAUUCUGCACAUCGUACUCCUCCUCUGCAGCCCACAUGGUCUUUUUCACCCUCUACAUAAUGGCUGCCGCCGAGCUGAUAGGAAGACACUACCUCUUAGAGGUACGACGGUUCUCCCCCCAGCUCUAUGCCGUAUCCCCAGCAACUGAGUGCUGCACUCCUGCCAUGCUGUUCCCUGGGAAUGCCUCCCUCAGGGUUGCUGAGUACCUGGAUCAGGUGUUUUGUGUCAAGGGGAAGGCCAAGGACAUGGCUCUCUACCAAAUAGCAAGAUCCAUGCGAGGAGAGAGAGCACACAGCUUGGAGCCUAACUUGAUCACUCAUAUUGGAGCCUUCUCUUCUGUUAGAGCUAAUCCCUCCCACCCUCGCUUACUAUGAGGGGCUAGAGAUAGGUUCAGCAAAAUAUUGCCUAGCAGUGCUUUAUGAAAUAGUUAGUCUGUGAAGGCUAAAGCAGUCUAUGUAGGGUAAGGACAUUGCACAUUAUGACUACGGAUAUGAAAAAUGUUAUUGUGUACUUGUUACUUACCAUUUUUGGUUCGGGUGCUGGGGAGUCAUAGUGAGAGGGCCCUGUGAAAAUGGCUUCCAUUGCAAUCAUGAACAGUAAAUGUGAAAUAUAUGAAAUGUACUGUUGUGCAAUUUGUAAAAAUUUAAAGUGCCUUUUUACAGAAAUUAUCAGCACAUAAUUGCAUGGAAUAGGUUUUGUCAAAUACUUGCAAGUAUGCUAUAUAUAUCAGCCAUAUAUUGCUGCUAUGUGCUAUUUACUCUCCAUAGAUCAAUCCAGUACAUUAAAUCAAUGCCCCAUCAAUGGCAUGGGGCCAAAAGAGAGUUUAUGAAUGUCAGAAGAACAUGGUGGAAAAUAUUUCAUAGAAAUUGUAACACGAAUGUCCUGAAAGGUAAUUUAUUUGGCUGUAUGGAUUUGUUUUCUUUUAAUUUGCAAGAGGUGGAAUGUUGUUACUAUGAAAAAGUUACACAUUUUUGUCUUAUACUAAUCAAGACCUAGGCUGCAAAGAUCUGUGAUUUUAAAAUGGAGUUCAGUGAUAAUAUGAAGGCUCAUUCUUUUGAUAUACUGCAUAUGAACACAGAAUUCCUCUUCUUGGCACAUUUCAUAGUAAGAACUGAAUUGCCUUUAUUUGCAUAUUUUCAAUGGCAUUUGUUCUUGUAAUUUUUCUCUACAUAUUAAAUGAAUGGCACGGAUAAUUUAAAAACAUUCCCAACUCAUAUCUAAA